UUUGUACGCGGAGCCGCCUGCCGGUCCUUUAACAAUGGGCGGUGCGAGCGCCCCGGCGCUGGGCCCGAGCUGAGGCCGGCGCUUCGCGGCUGACUGUCCGCAGCAUGAGCGGGGCCGGCGUCCCCCGCACGCUGGCGGGGCUGGGCUUGUGAGGGCCGCGGUUCCGGACUGAAGUUGCCGCGUCGGGCCAGGCGCGCCGCCCGGUCCCAUGGAGCUGGAGGGUCAGUGGUGGCGGGGACAGCUGGCUGCCGAUAUCCAUCAAGCUCUUCGAUACAAGGAGCUGAAGUUACCUUCCUACAAAGGCCAGUCCCCUCAACUAAGUCUUAGAAGGUAUUUUGCUGACUUGAUUGCCAUUGUGAGCAAUCGUUUCACCCUCUGCCCUUCUGCCCGACAUCUUGCUGUCUAUUUGCUGGACCUGUUUAUGGAUCGGUAUGACAUCUCUAUCCAGCAGCUGCAUUUAGUUGCACUUUCCUGUCUGCUUCUAGCAAGUAAAUUUGAAGAAAAAGAAGAUAGUGUGCCUAAGCUGGAGCAGCUCAACAGCCUGGGUUGUAUGACUAAUAUGAAUCUAGUAUUAACAAAACAAAAUUUGCUACAUAUGGAACUAUUAUUAUUAGAAACCUUUCAGUGGAACCUCUGCCUUCCAACAGCUGCCCAUUUCAUUGAGUAUUAUCUCUCCGAAGCCGUGCAUGAAACCGAUCUUCAUGACGGCUGGCCAAUGAUUUGCUUGGAAAAAACUAAACUCUAUAUGGCCAAGUAUGCAGAUUACUUCCUGGAAGUAUCUUUGCAAGAUUAUGCCUUUCUAAAUUAUGCACCUUCUUUAGUAGCUGCAGCAUGUGUGGCUUCUUCAAGGAUUAUACUUCGUCUUUCUCCAACGUGGCCUACAAGACUGCAUCGUCUUACUGCUUACUCCUGGGAUUUCUUAGUGCAGUGCAUUGAACGGCUAUUGAUCGCUCAUGAUAAUGAUGUGAAAGAAGCAAACAAACAGAGAGGACAGGCAGGACCUCAGCCAGCACAACUAAGUGUGUUCCAGACAGCCUCCCAGCCCUCUCGGGCAGUUCACUUUCAGCAGCCUCAGUAUCUCCAUCAGACGCAUCAGACCUCGCUGCAGUAUCGCCAUCCUGUAUCGGAACAACCAAGCUGUCAGCAGAUUGUAUCUACCACACACACCUCAUCUUACACACUACCGACAUGUCCUGCUGGCUUCCAAACUAGUGUUCAGGGCCUUGGGCACGUGCAGACUGGUGUUGGGAUGUCACUGGCAAUACCAGUAGAAGUUAAGCCCUGUCUGAAUGUUUCUUAUAACCGGAGUUAUCAGAUAAAUGAACAUUACCCUUGCAUUACUCCAUGCUUUGAAAGGUGAUUUUAUGCAAAGGUAAGACUGGUAACCCAGACUGUUUGUGACUCAAAGCUCUGGGGCAAGCUUUUUGUAAACUUCUCUUCAAAAGGAAAGGGAUCCAAAUGGCAUCAGAACUCUUCCGACACCGGCACCAGGAAGACUGAAUAUCCCUUCCAACGCACCAUGAAUAUCUGGGAGGACUAAGCUAACACUGCGAACACUUUAACAGUGUGUAUGUCAAAUCCUGUUAAAACACAUCCUUAUAUGACACAAAUUUUAAAGCCCCAACUGAUGGUCCAAAUAUUUCAAAAACAUUCAACACAACAGAAAACUUGGACAGACUUCAAUUCACCGUUUUGUGAUUUGACCUGUGGUGGCCUCUGGGCCUAAUGUUGGCUUAUAUGUCAGAAACUAAUGUUUAUCUGUGGACUUGCCAAACAGUCUUUUUAUGAAGGAAAGUUACAGUAUUAAUUUUUGAAGAGGUCCUUUUUUUUAUU